AUGCUCUUCAGGGCAGUGGAAACCCUGUUCAAAUUCCCACCCUUCUUCAACUUUGCCGUGUCCCAGGCCCGGGAGAAGAUUGCGCAGAGGGGCCGGGAGAUAGGGGUAGAUUUCGAGGGUGAGGUGGCAGCGCUGAGAGGGGGGACCGACUGGGAGUGGGAGAUGCGGGGGGUCCGGGAUGCUGACCUGGCGUACCCGGAUUACUACACUCAGCCCUUCCACGCAUACGCGCAGGGCAACCUCUGCUGGGAAGCCGCUCUGCAGGUGAAUGCGGCGGCCAAGUCGGUGCAUGCGCCGGUGAUGGACCCUGAGGGGAAGCUGCUGGACCCGGAAGGUGACGCGCAGCUGCGCGGCAGCUACACCGCCAACAUGCUGCGGCUCAUGGAACGCGCCGGUGCCUCGCGGCGGGUGAAAAAUGCAGUAGACAUCGGAUGUGCCACCGGUCUAUCCACUUUGGAGCUGCGGAGUGCAUUCCCUGAUGCUCAGUUUACAGCGUUGGACCUCUCGCCCCACUUCCUGGCAGUUGCUCGGCACCUGCAGAAGCAGAGAGAAGCCGAAUCCGGCGCUUCUGAGCCCGUCAGGUUUGUGCAUGCGGCUGGGGAGGCGACAGGGUUGCCGUCGGAGACCGUGGACCUGGUGUCAUGCUGCUUAGUCAUGCACGAGCUGCCGCGGGCAGCCACCAAAAACAUAAUCGCCGAGGCGCACCGCGUGCUGCGGCCGGGCGGCACGUUUGCGAUCAUGGAGAUGAACCCAGCUUCGCCCGGCUUCCAGAGGGUGUUUAAGAACCCGUUCGCGUACGCGGCGUUCAAGAGCACAGAGCCCUGGCUCAUGGAGUACAUCUCCCUGGACCUGCUUGCCGAGCUGCAGCAGGCCGGCUUUGACACCGUUCUGCAAGCAGAGAGCACCCCCCGUCACUUCACCAUGGUCGCAGUCAAGCAUGCGUUGUAG